UAUGAAGCAGCUUUGAAGGAGCUUCAGAUAACUAAUUUCAAGCAUGGCUGUCUAGCGUGCCUGUCACUCCUUUUGUCCUUCCAAACUCUUUCAGACAUUUUGAGCAGGAGUAUUAAAGCUAUGAGUUAGCAAGGGUUGUGACAUUAACGGUCCAAAAGGCUUUAGGCGUGAGAGGUAAUGAUCAUUACCAGUGGCGAUUUGGAGGACUGCACUGGAUCGCUGUCAUUAAAAAUUAAGCGUGGCUUUUGAGGAAGAUGUGACAACUACCGGAGUAUUCACCAUUAGCAGGACUACAGUUCCCCAGAAAGAUACCUGCCUGUAUCACCUUCAACUGAACAGAGUGAAUCUUUGGAGAACACAUUAAUGAACACACAUAUGCUGAGCGCCUGCCAUGUGCUAAGAGAUGCUCUCAGAUGUAUUACCUAAUUUAAAUUACCCAACAUCAAGAGGUCUUUUCGCCAUUCCUCCAGGACUUCCACUGUAAGGAAAGGAGCACCUGGACCAACAUCCUCUAAGAUGUUUAUAUGGACCAGUGGCCGGACCUCUUCAUCUUACAGACACGAUGAGAAAAGAAAUAUUUACCAGAAAAUCAGGGACCAUGACCUCCUGGACAAAAGGAAAACCGUCACAGCUCUGAAAGCAGGAGAAGACCGGGCCAUUCUGCUGGGACUGGCCAUGGUGGUGUGUUCCAUCACCAUGUACUUCCUGCUGGGAAUCACGCUCCUGCGCUCGUAUAUGCAGAGUGUGUGGACAGAAGAGUCUCAGUGCACCCUGCUGAACGCGUCCAUCACGGAAACAUUUAAUUGCUCCUUCAGCUGUGGUCCAGACUGCUGGAAACUCUCCCAGUACCCCUGCCUCCAGGUGUACGUUAACCUGACUUCUUCCAGCGAAAAGCUCCUUCUCUACCACACCGAAGAGACGAUGAAAAUCAAUCAGAAGUGCUCCUAUAUUCCUAAGUGUGGAAAAAAUUUUGAAGAAUCCACGUCCCUAGUGAAUGUUGUCAUGGAAAACUUCAGGAAGUACCAACACUUCUCCUGCUAUUCUGACCCAGAAGGAAACCAGAAGAGCGUCAUCCUAACCAAACUCUACAGCUCCAACGUGCUGUUCCAUUCGCUCUUCUGGCCAACGUGUAUGAUGGCUGGGGGUGUGGCGAUCGUUGCCAUGGUGAAACUCACACAGUACCUCUCCCUGCUCUGUGAGAGGAUCCAACGGAUCAAUAGAUAAAUGCAAAAUGGAUGAGAUUAUUUUCUUUAAAGCGCAAAUACUGUUUUCUUUCAUUCUUCACCAAAGAACCUUAAGUUUGUAAUGUGCAGUCUGUUAUGAGUUCCUUAAUAUAUUCUUAUUAUGUAGAGCAAUAAUGCAAAAGCUGUUCUAUAUGCAAACAUGAUGUCUUUAUUAUUCAGGAGAAGAACUGACUGUUUUGUGUUGAUUGGUUAUUUUCAUAAUCUUGUUUUGAUGCUGGAACUAGUACUUCCUUCUCUCACUCUGCCAAAAUGAGGCUCAGUUAUUCAUUUGCCAAGUUUUGUGGAGGAAUGUAGACAGUAUCAGUGUGAUAAGGUCUGUGUUCUGAAUUGUCAGAUCUCUUGAAGACAUUUCUGCAAUAUUUUUCAUCAUUCAUUGUUUACUAACGCUGCAGCCAAAAAUAUUUUUUCUUUUCUUACUCAAUACUGAGCCCUGUAGCAAGUGAAGGGACCAGAUUUCCUAACUAAAGGAGGUUAAGCAUUUUCCUUGUAUUCCUACCAUAUCACUGUAAAGAAGGGAGAAACCCAGCCAGCUAUUUUUCUUUCAUUACUUUCUAUUCAUAACCUCAGAUUUUUUAACUGAUUUCCAAAAAAUAUGCUGUUUUCAUUAACCAAUUCUAUAAUAUCUUCCUGUGGUUUAAAUAGAAAAUGAAUAGAACCUUUUUCAUAUAAGACCCUGCUACUGUGUAAGGAGACAACAUUUAUAAGGAGUUUCAUUAUCUGAGAACUCACUGAAUGUUGAUAGAUGCUCCAUUACAAUCCAGGAAAGUCUGUGUUACUAAGAUAUGUGUGUGAAAAUCUUUAUUCCAUUUCAACUAAAUUGUUAGAUGGUAAAAUUAAGGUCCUACUCGCUGGUCAAGACUGGUGGACUGAUUUCAGUGGAUAGAUCUAUUGUGGCAAGUUAACAUAUUGGAAUAUUGUUCUUUGUGAAUUUAUGUUUAAGUUAAUGAAUGUGUAGUCUCUUUUUCUGACAAGUGUUCCCUAAUGGGAUUUUAAAACUAUGUGCACAGAAUAUUGUCUCCUCUACAUGUUUUAUUUUUCUAUUUACAAUUCCCUUUUUUGUUGCUAGAUUUUGUACACUGAAUAGACUUUUUUUCUUAACAUACAUUUGAACUGAAUAAGAGAUUUAAAGGAAGCUUUUGUUCAUAUUGCCAUUUACUUAUUGUGUUGUGAGUGGGGAGGGGGGUGGGGAGAGGUUGGUUUUAAACAAAAACAUUUCAUCUUUUAUUUAACACCAAUAUCACAAGGAGAAGAUAAACAUCUAUCUUUCUCAUCUAUAUUUAAGUACCUUUUUGUAACGUAGUAUCAAAGUUUUCUAGGUAUUGCAAAAUUUUACAAAUUGUGUUUGUGGAAUGAGUGGUGAACCUAACCUGAUAAAGUGAAAAGUAUUCUGCAAUAUUGUAAUCCAUAGCUCAACUUUUCAUAAGCCAAUAAAUCCCUAGGGUGUAAUCAGGACUUCAAAUGUGUAAUUAAAAUUUUUUUUAGGAAUCCAUUACAUCAGCAAGAUUUGAAUAUCUCUUGCAUUUCAAGAUAACAAGAGCAGGAUAGUACAAAGAUCUAUGAUGUUAAAGGUAUUCAAAAAGAUUAUAGAGAAAGUUCCUUUUUUAACCCUCAAACACAUAUACACAAUAUUAUGAAUAUCUGGGAACUAUGACAGAAAAUAUGAUUCCUACUCUAACUUAAGUACACAAUUCUGAAGACAGUUGAGAAAUCUUUGUGACUACAGAGCUGAAAAUUUGUAAUUUUUAAUGUUCCAUUGGCUUUCCUUCAAAUAAUCCAAGAGUGAAACAUAUGCAAGUGAAAUUAUUAGAUGAGUUAUUCUGUAUUUUCCUCUGAUUUUUAAUUAGAAAUUCCUAACUGAUGUUUCAGAUAAGAAUGUAGAAAGUUCAAAAUAAUGACACUAAUAAGUUAACUAGUGCCUCUUGAAUUCCAAUAAAGCAAGAGCCUCUUCAAGUAAUUUAAAUGUAUAUCCAAUUAAAUGCUCAUUAUUAAGGAAAAAGAACUAGGACUAAUAAUGUUUUUAAAUGCUUGAACAUGUUAACUGAUUUAAUCUUUAUAAUAACUCUAUUAAAGGGAGCACUAUUAUUAUCCCAUCCAACAGGUGAGAAUAUGGAGGCUCAGAGAUGUUAAGUAACUUCUCCAAAGUUAUACAGAUACAAGAUGUUGGAGAGCUGAGAAAAUACUGAGCCUAUAGCUUUCCCAUUAGGGUCGCCAUUUCCACGGCUUUGGAGUCUUUCAGAUAACCUUAAGGGAUGCUGAGGUUUGAAAGGGAUCAUAGGAGUGAAAAGGAAAGAGCAUUGGACUGGAGUCAAAAGAUUUCAUUCAAGAAAUGGUGACUAGGUAACUUUGGACGCCUCAGUUAGUCUUUUGACUUGUUUGACUGUAAAAUUAGAAUAUGAGGCCAAUUAAUUGCUAAGGUCUCUUUUAACACUAACAUUUCAUCUUAAGAAGGAAGGAUGAAUACCUUUCUCCAGCCUUCAGAACACAAGUUUGAUUCUCAAAUACAAUCUACAUGUAUUAGUCCAUGGAUUAA